AUGUCCACACCGAGUCCAGCACCGUUCGCCAAUACAACCGCACCGUUCAGUGACCCUACACCAGCGCCAACCUCGCUACCAGGCAAAUAUCACGCUCAGGGCCUCUCUAAACGAACAACAAUCAUUAUCACGACUGCAAUAUCCGCUGCUGUAAUCUUCGUGGCACUCUUCGGUAUCGUACACUACAUACGCAGACGCAAUCGCCUCAAAGCACACGACCAAGAGCAAAUAGACAUCGAAGCGAGCCUCAGGCGCGCACAAUUACCCGUCCUUGCGCUUGACACGGAUGUCCCGCGCUUAAAUAGGCCCUACGUACAGUCCGCAAGCGUACCUAGAUUUCCGAUCCUAGGAUUAGACGUCGAUGCAAAUCUUCGACCGCUGGUUCGAGGCCAUUCUGCCCCGCCCGUCUUCAGAGUGGAGGCUGCGAGGCCGAUGAAUGUUGUUAGAGGCCCGACUCGCAAUCCACUAGGCUCACAUCCGCCUGGUAUAGGCGGGGGGUGUGAUAAAGCAUAUGCAACUAGAGAGCAAAUUCUGAGUCAGAACACGAAUAGAAGUGAUUUCUCGCGACACUGCACAAACAUUGAAACGAUCAAAGCGCAUCAUUUGCCGACUCAAACACUGUAUGGCGGAACAAAGUUACAUUGUUUGCCAACAGCCACGAUCACCAAGCGUGACCACUGCUACAGUUGCCUUUACACAAUGUUGUAUCGAUGGUUCCGUAAUAUCUUACCAUCUAUCCUUUCCUCUAGAAAACUCCUCUCACACUUGGACAUCGCAACUCUCGGAAAAUCCAAGAACAAUCAAUACACCACGACUCCAGAUAACGGAAAAAGCAUGCCGACUGAUGGUGUUAUUGUUGCGGGCUGCGCGGGCGCGGUCAUCGCUAUUGUUCUCAUCACCAUGGUGGUGACACGAGACCGCGUCCCAUUCACCUUCUCACGCCGCAACCCUCCUAGCCCUCAACCGGAGGAUGUAGAAGCCCAAGCAGGAUUGUCUAUAGUCUCCGAAGAUUUCGAGGUGUAUGGACAUCUAUACAUCCCUCCUGAUCGACAACCAACGCACAUGGGUUUGGACAUCAUCAACCGCUUAAUCAUGACUACUGGCCUACCUACCAACGCCACUGUGAACUCUACAAACUCACCUGCUACAGGUUCUACAAUCCAAGUGGGCCUUGCACCGCGCAUCUCGAUAAAGCUUCCCCGCCCUUCAUCGAUGACUCCAUCAGAGCAAGCUCAACAAAUUAUGACGGAGGUAGAGGCAUCAAAUGCGGCACUGGAUGUUGGGCGCUCUUUCGUCCAGAGUUUGAAGGAUGCUGCGCAGCUCCUAAAGGCAGAGCAGCAGCAUCUGGGGUUGCCCCAGCAGGAUAAAUUUGCUGUGUCUGCUGCCGAGCGCAUCAAAGCAGGUAAGUGGACUGAUGUCGCGCGUGAGGAGGCGGUCAUGGGAAAGCUUAUCGAUCAGUCGGAGAUGCAGGAUGUGUUCGUGGUGGGUGGAGAGAACGAGGAAGAGGAGGUCGUAGAGGACGUUGCGGUUCAUCCCAUGUCUUUUGCGUUUGGAACUGGGAAGACGAUGGCGAGUCUAUACCGUUAA